GGCUCGCCCUCGCUCCCUCCCAGCGCGCAGCGGCAGCGCUGGUGCCGUUCCUGCCCGGCUUUGUGCCCUGAAGCCCCGUCCCUCCUCUUCUUUCUCCUCCUCCCCCCCUCCUGCCGUAAAACCUUCACGAGGCUCCGAGCAGCAGCAUCCGAAAGCGCCGCAGCCGCUCGCUGAAACCACCGACUGCAGCAAAAACCCUUUUUAUUUUUUGUUAUAUAUUUCCUCCCCCUCCUUCCUCUUUUUUUUUUUUUUUCUCCUCCUCCUCUUCCCCCUCAAACGCAUCAAGGUGGACGCGGAGCGCAAAAAGACCUUUGUUUUAAAAAUGCCCAUGGAGCUGACGCAAAGCCGCAUCCAGAAGAUUUGGCUUCCCAAUGACAACCGCCCGGCGCUGCCCCGCCGCUCCUGUGGGCCACAGCUUGCCAAUUCCCCCACUGUGAUAGUGAUGGUUGGCCUCCCAGCCCGUGGGAAGACCUACAUCUCCAAGAAGCUCACCCGCUACCUCAACUGGAUCGGUGUCCCUACAAAAGUUUUCAACGUGGGGGAAUAUCGCCGUGAGGCCGUGAAGCAUUACAGCUCCUAUGACUUCUUCCGUCCUGACAACGAGGAGGCCAUGAAAGUCAGGAAGCAAUGUGCCAUGGCUGCCUUGAGGGAUGUCAAGCUGUACCUGACGGAAGAGGCCGGACAGAUUGCGGUCUUUGAUGCCACCAAUACCACACGGGAGAGGAGAGGGAUGAUCCUAAACUUUGCCAAAGAAAAUGGAUUUAAGGUGUUCUUCAUUGAAUCUGUCUGCAAUGAUCCCACUGUGGUUGCCACUAAUGUUAUGGAAGUCAAAUUGUCCAGCCCAGAUUACCGGGACUGUAACUCCACUGAUGCCAUGGAGGACUUCAUGAAGAGGAUCAACUGUUACCAAGCCAGUUACCAGCCACUAGACCCUGAUGACUACGACAGGGAGCUUUCUCUCAUCAAAGUCAUCGACGUUGGCCGGCGGUUCCUGGUCAACAGGGUUCAGGAUCACAUCCAGAGCAGGAUUGUUUACUACCUGAUGAACAUCCACGUCCAGCCCCGUACCAUUUAUCUCUGUCGGCACGGAGAGAGCGAGUUCAACCUCAUGGGCAAGAUUGGAGGGGACUCUGGCCUCUCCAACAGGGGCAAGAAGUUUGCGCUGGCACUGAACAAAUUUGUAGAAGAGCAGAACCUGAAGGACCUCAAAGUCUGGACCAGCCAACUAAAAAGGACAAUCCAAACAGCAGAAGCUCUCCAGCUGCCCUAUGAGCAGUGGAAGGCACUCAAUGAAAUUGAUGCUGGUGUGUGUGAAGAAAUGACUUAUGAAGAAAUCAGGGAGCAGCAUCCAGAGGAAUUUGCUUUACGUGAUCAGGAUAAAUAUUACUACCGUUAUCCUUCAGGGGAGUCCUACCAGGAUCUGGUGCAGCGCCUGGAGCCAGUCAUCAUGGAGCUGGAGAGGCAAGAGAAUGUCCUUGUGAUCUGUCACCAGGCUGUCAUGCGCUGUCUCCUGGCAUACUUCCUGGACAAGAGCGCAGAUGAAAUGCCCUACCUGAAAUGUCCCCUUCACACGGUGUUGAAGCUGACCCCGGUGGCCUACGGCUGCCGGGUGGAAUCCAUCUCGCUGAACAUCGAAGCCGUCAACACCCACAGAGAUCGGCCAGAGGAAGCAAAGAAGGGACCUAACCCGCUCAUGAGACGUAAUAGCGUUACCCCUCUAGCAAGCCCAGAGCCCACCAAAAAACCUCGCAUCAACAGCUUUGAGGAGCAUGUGGCUGUUUCUUCUGCCCUGCCAGGCUGUGUUCCUCAGGAAGUGCCCACGCAGAUGCCGGGACAACCUUUACUAGGGAAGGCAUGCCUAAGACCCGUUUGUCACUUUCUCAAAGUUUUCUCUUUACUAAUAUUUCCAAGAACAUGAACAACUCACAAAAGCCGUCGUGACUCCGUUGGCACUGUCGCGAGGCCGCCGGCGACGCCAGCUUCCCAUCCCACUGCCAUUCCCGAAGCUUGCUUAUCCACCGGUCUCCUCCAUCUGCGGCGAGGGCGACCCUCGGCUGUUCCUGCUCACGCCCGUUCAUCCACAAACCGCUCUGCUGCCGGGGGGAGGGAUGCAGGCGAGUGGAGGAGAGGAGCUGAAUUCCCCCCGGGGGUCAACACCAGCUCUUAAGGCCGCAGGGUUUGCUCUCCUCUCCAGCGUCCUGUAGGGUCAUAGCGAAGCUGUAAAGUGCUUUCUAGCGCACAGGAGUUUUAAUUUUUCUUCUCUAAGCAGUUUUGAUCUUCUGUAUAGAUGAUUGGUACCCACUUGUCUGCGGGUGGGGCGUGUAUAUAUGUGGAUGGUGCGGGGUUAGUGGAGAAAUAGGGGGAAGGGAGGGUGGGCAAAAAGGGGUUUUGCAUUUUUUUUUCUUAAUUAUUAUUAUUAAUUCUUGGUAAGCCCCUCCCAAGCUGUACUGCAGUCCUUCACUCACGCUACAGCCUGUCGCACACGCCAGCCCAGCUCACCCAGGUCUGCAAGCACCAGGAAGGCAGCUGUGUGAACUCCUUCACUGCUGGGUUUAACUACAAAACCCCAUUCUUUCCUUUUUUCUUUUUUUUUUUUUUUUUUUUUUAUUAAAUCAGUGACACCUUAAAGGGGUUUGCAGGGAAUGUGGGUCUGCUGCCAACACUGGUUACAAACUGCCUGUAGUGUAGGAGGAACCACACUGCUGGUGGCUCGGGUGAUGCUUUCAUCUCAGAGAGCACCCAGGGAUGGUCUAAGUUCAGGCGUGGUUGAUAUUUAGAGGGAGACUGAGCACUGUUUUGAGGUGCUGUGCUGGUACUUCAUCUCCCCUUUCCUCUUUCUUGGAGGAAAGAGGAGGUAUUGGGAGGGGUUUGAAUCCCUAGGCUGAGCUUAGAUGCAUUUUGUAGACACACAGGUCUCAUGGAGGUGGCCAGAAGUCUGGCCGGGUUGCAGGAGUCCCUGUCUGGCUGCAAAAAGCCACGAGAAGGGACAGUUUUUUCUGUAUUCUUUUUUUAAUUUUAUAUAUACAUGCACAUACUUGUGUGUGUGUAUGUGUAUACAUAGAAACCGCUUGGUUUUUGCACUUUAUUUGUGGCAGGAGCAUAACUAUUGUAUUUUUUUCAAGUCGUGCCCCUUAACGGGGGAAGCCUGAAUACAGGCAAUUGUUUGUUUGUUUUUUAAUUGUAUUUUGCAUGCUGGAAAGCUGGGACUACAAAAUAAUAGUAGUUACAGUGUUCAAGGUGUGUGUGUGGGGGGAGGGAAGAAGUGGGGUGAGGUCCUGACUUUGACUCCAUCAGCCAAAGUCCCAGUGCUUUGAUACAUGAAAUUCCUUGUUGGCAGCCUGCCCUAGGCUGGGAGACAGCAGUUAAAAAUGGCAAUUAACCACUAUUGCUUUGUGGAAAAGUCUGUGGAUUUUGAAGGGGGGUUUUUUUGGGGUUUUUUUUUUAGGGUUUUGGGUUGGGCUUUGGUUUGUUCCCCACCUACGUGCAGCAUCUCCUCCAUCCCCAUCUCAUGGGUUUUUUUGGCUGGAGGCAGGAGGUGAAGGCAAGCCGCCCCUCCUGCAGCACUGGGCAGAGAGGUCUGGGGAGAAGUUAUGGCUUUUUUUUUUUGUGUGUGUGCAUGUUUUUUGGGGGGGUUUGGUCUGUUUUUCCUUUGGGAAAAGGCGAACCACAGUGCCUAACGCUUCAGCCUCGCGCUUGGAGCGGCACCGACGGCGGGAGGGGGCCGGGACCACGCUCAGCCCGUGUCCCACAGAGCCCUGCCUGUGUGAGCUUGUGCAUAUGUGUAUUAUAUUCCUGUACAGAUGAAACCAAGAACACUUACCCCCACUUCAUUAAUUUCUUAAUAGCCUCAUUAAAAGCAACCUCUUUCUCCCUGCGUGCACGGGUGGCAUCUACCCUUUUGGUUUCUCUGCCUUUGAGAUAAACGAAUGUUUUGGGGAGGUGACUUCACUUGGCUUUUCCAACCUCCUUCCUGGAGAGUUUUAUCUCCCACCUCCUGCUGCAAAAAGAUAAGCCAGCAAAUACAAACAUGACGUCUGGCUGCCCUGAGAUCAACCCUGUACACAUGUAAUUCUGCGGAUGUUUUGGUGUGUAUUUGUGUGUGUAUAUAUAUAUAAAUAUAUAUAUAAAACCAGAAAAAAAUGGCCCUAAACUUUCUUCCUUUGAGAAAAAUAGAUGUCUCAGUAGGUCCAUGAAAAAAUGAAAUUUGAACAUGGCAUUUUCUCCAGCAAUGGGAAUACUGGUCUCUGAGGUCCUCUUGUGCUGGAGGGGUUGGUGGGAUGGUGCUAUCACACUGCCCCAAAAACUCGCUGCCCAUUGCUUUUGGUUAACAACCAAGGCAGAGUGGGAAAGAGGACUUGUCAAACCACACCAGUGAUUUCUUCCCCCCUCUUUUCCCCUGGUUUUGUUUUCCUUUGCAAUACUUGAAUUUAUUUUUUUAAUUUUUUUUGAUAGCAAAGCAUUCUUUAUUUAUUUAAUGUAUACUGCAAAGCUUGGAGAGAAGGGUGUAGUUACUUGGGGUUACUUUUUUUUUUUUUUGAUUUGUGGUAUGUUAACUGUUCUGUAUAUAGGUCUGGAAUAAUUGCCUGAUAUAAAGCUGUGCCAGCUUAAAAGCAGGGUCUGCCUUUCAGAAAUUUGUAUAUUUUGCAGUUGCUGGACCAAUAAAAUACCUUGUUGAAAUACA